UUUCCAUCGUAUUAAUUUCACACCUAUUUUUGGUUUAAUUGGAACAUUGAAUUUAGGGUUUCUGAAAAAAAUGAUUUAGGGCUUUGGGUUUGGUUUAAUCUUUCAAACCUGUCACAUUUGAAUUACUUAUUGAUGAGUACUAUAAUUGUGAAUUUUGUCAACAAGUUCAAAAGCUUCAUCUAGUUACUUACCACGCAACACCCCCACGCGUUAAUUACAAGGCCAAGUGCCAACUGUUGCAUUCAGUGGAAGCCUAAACCAAAAAAUUGAUUGAUGGUUACAUGGUUCAAAAAUCAUUAAUUUUUCUAUCCAUUUAUUUGCAUAUUCUCUAGCAUUAUUUUUUUCUUUUUCAACUUACUUUUUUUCAUUUUGAGAAACACUCUUUUGUUCUGUCUUCCAUUGGCUUUUUAUUCUCAAAUGCUAUAAAUUGGAUGAUCACCUUGUGAAGAAAUAUACAACCACUUAAGAAAUAUACAACACACAGAAAACAUGGGUCUAGUGAUUGUCAUCAUAGCAGUAAUGGUUGUUUAUUUCAAUAAUUAUUCAGUUUCAUUUGUGAAUUCUGCUUCUUCAUCAUCUCUUUCAGUGGGCUUUUAUGAUGAAUCGUGUCCUCGAGUUGAGGAUAUUAUAUAUGAAGAAUUAGUGAAAAAGAUGUCUCAGAUUCCUCGCAACAUCACCAUACCGGGGACUCUUAGGCUGUUUUUCCAUGAUUGUUAUGUUCAGUUAUAUAUAUGUAUUUCUUUUCACAACAUUUCAGCUUUAUGUUUCUUAACUUUGUUUCUGAAACUCUAUUAUUACUAUCAACUAUGGCCAAAUUAUGGAUUUCUUGAGGUGUUUUCUUUUUUUAUCAACUUAUUGUUUUUAUUUCUUAUUUCUGUCAUCCUGUAUUGAUUUCAGAUUGUUGUAGUUGCAAUUGUAUUUUUUAAAGGUUCUUUUUAGCUUUUGGCAUUGUUUAUUACAGAAUUCCUCCAUAGUCUUUUUCACAUCAUUUGGAGAGUUUCCUGCAUUGUUGAUGUUAUUAUCCUUCUUGUUGCUUUUACUCUUCAUCUUGCACUUCUUGUUGUUUUGGUUACACUCAUGGUGUUUUUGUUGCAGUCUGGUUCUUCUUGUUACUUCAUUUACAACUGUUCCAGUUCUAAUUGUUUCCUCAGUCUUUGUUGUAGUGGGUGUUCUCUCCUUACUCUUACUAGUGGUAAUGUUUCUGUAGUUAAUGUGAUGCAUGGUUGUCCUAUUCAUGUGGGAUGACAAUUGAAAUUUGGCAUGGGUACCGUUUUGUUCGUUGUUGUGAUUAUUUGAAUGUCUUUCUGCCGCUUUUGACAUUAGUCAACCUGGAUGUUGCGUUCCUGGGUUGUGAUGGUUCUGUUUUGAUCUUACCAACAGAUGACAAUAAUUCUGAGAGAAACACAUCUAUCAACCUUUCUUUAGCUGGAGAUGCAUUUGACAUUGUUGAUAAGGCUAAGGCAGCAUUAGAAAAAGAAUGUCCGGGGGUAGUCUCAUGCUCGGAUAUCCUUGCUAUCUUGGCACGCGAUGUCGUACACUGGUGGGAAGGUCCGCACUGGGAGGUUGAGAAAGGAAGAAGAGAUGGACUCAUCUCCAAUGCAACAGAAGCUCAACUACUCAUGCCAAAGUCUGACGAAAAUAUAACAACUCUCAUCCGUGGAUUCAAAUCGAUUGGACUAUCAACUGCUGAUCUCGUCACAUUAUCUGGGGCACACACAAUAGGUUUUACACACUGUAUAGAAUUUGCUAGUCGUAUCUUCCACAACGACACCACAUUGAACUCUACAAUAAGAGAAAAGGUAAUCUUGAGCUGUCCAUUUCCGAAGAUUGACAGAAAUGUUGCUGAAGCACUUGAUCAAACUUCUGAGUUUGUAUUUGAUAAUAAGUUUUACAAGAGCUUGCGACAACGGAAAGGCCUGCUCUUGACGGACCAUGUAUUGGCUUUUGGUGAAAAUGAUGUCUCUCGUAAAUUAGUGUAUAGGUACUCCGAGGACCAAGAAUUGUUCUUCCAGGAAUUUGCAAAAGCCAUGGUGAAAUUGGGAAGAGUUGGUGUUAAGACUGGGAAUGAGGGACAAAUUAGAAGGGAUUGUAAGAAAUUCAACUGAUUAGGGUUUUUUUGUUGUAUUGGCAAUUACAAUGUCAUCGUGAGCAUAAUAAGAGGGUAAUUUACUGUUCGGUAGGAGCUAAUACAUGUGAAAUUCCCAUCUACUGAAUGUUGCUUUUAAGCUUAUUAUUUUUGCCAAUACAAUCAAUGAAAGAGUCAGAUUUUGGACACAAUCAGAAAUCCAAUUAUAAUUUUAAAGCAUCUUCUUAAUAGAA